AUGCCCCAAAAUAUUGUUUUAUCUUACGAGCUAGAAUUCAAAUCUUUCCAAGAUUGGAAUGGUGAUCAUCCUUCACAGACCCUGGUUUUCCACGACAACUUCUCUUCAUGGUGGAUCAAAGUCGAGAUAGGCUAUCUCAAACGCCGAGCCAUAUUUCAGGAAUUUGUCAAGGCUAUUGACUUUGGUCAAUUAGAUCUGAUCGAUGAUACUGUGACACGCAUCAGUCUAACCUUGGCUGAACAAAGCCAUAAGCCAAUCCCGAUUCGAAAUAUUCGCAAUGACUACCAGACAGAGGCAAAUUUUUUUUUAUCUAUUGCCCAUCGAGUGUCCUUCCAAAUUGAAGAAGAUCCAGGGAGAAUUAUAUACCCGAUUCUGGGCCAAGAUCAAGAUCUACCUAUCUUUGAGGCUAGUCAUCUACAAGACGAAAAGGUCAUCGCACCAACCGUCUCCAUAGUCCGUUUCAAACAGAAACGGUUCGCAUAUAAAAAAAUCGACCGCCCUAUCUAUGAAGCAGGAGAUACACAACAUAUCUUGAACGAGAUUGACGCCCUCGCACACUUUCGCGGGCAGCCGAAUAUCGCACAAUUAAUCGGGCUUGUUAUAUCCGGUAAUCCGUACAAGACCCGUCCACCAACAAUUUCGGUACCGGUUAUCACAGGAUUUCUCCUUGAAUACUAUACCGAAGGGUGUCUUGAGCAGGUUCUUGCAGAGAAUACGGUCCAAGAUGAUGCGUUGCUUAGACGAUGGGCACUACAGACUGGUAGGGCAUUGGAAAUAUUGCACAUCCAGCGACGGACCCAUCUUGACAUCAAACCCUCGAAUAUAGUCUUUGACGCGGAUAAGAAUGCUAUCCUUAUCGAUAUCAGUGGGACUGGUGGGUAUGAAUGGGAAUGGCUGUCGCCAGAGAUGCAAAAGAUCAUUCAAGGAAACGCUGCGAUGGCUCCUGCUAGUACGCCAUUCGACAAACGUGUCGCUACAGACUGUUGGGCUUAUGGAAAACUACUUUUGACUAUGGCCAAGAAAAUUGGCACCAGUAGUUUAGGCAAAAGGUUACAGUCUAUCGGCGAUGACCUGACAAAGACGGAUCCAAAAGCUCGCAUUUCACUUAGCGACGCUCUUGAAAGGAUAUGGGGUCAGGAGUAA